GCAAACGUAACACGUAAAACUAAACAGAUGCCACUACCUCUCCUACACUGAGGACGUCAGCGGGAGCAACUAACAUCACUCCCAGACGGAGAGAGGACCGAAAAGAAACGGGCACACGCGACGAUUAAACCUAGACGGCCCUAGUUAGUCAGCUCCAAGAGAAAUCCAGGUGUUUCUGUUAGCCGACAAAACAGCGUUUCUCUGGCACGAAAAGGUCAGCUCAUCAGGUGGCAGAAAUACCGCUAUGGCCCAGGAGACCAAUCAAAGCCCAGUUCCUAUGCUCUGUGCCACUGGCUGUGGUUUUUAUGGCAACCCCAGGACUAACGGCAUGUGCUCCGUGUGCCACAAGGAGCACCUGUCACGACAGAAUAAUGGAGGAGUUGGUUCUUUGAGUGGAGUGGGCAGCAGCUCCACAGCUGAGGCUUCUGCAAUCCAGAGGUUAGAGGCCACCCUGAAUAAUGCUGCGGCUGCUGCAGUUGCUGCUGCAGAGGUGGCAGCUGAGGCCGCCGCUGCCUCUGAUGCUGCUGCUGCCACAGAGGCACUCAGUGGGAUUUCACCUGCCAUUUCUGUAACACAACAGAUGACUGAGAUGAGUCUCUCCUCUGAAGAGAAAGGAGCGUCAGGCAGUAAAGUGGAGCUCAUAGAGCCAGUUGUGAGUCAGCCAGCCAUCUCAGCCUCACAUCCCUCCACUGCUGGCAGUGAAGACUCCAAAUCCCCCGAGCCCCCCAAACCCAAGAAGAAUCGGUGCUUCAUGUGUCGUAAAAAGGUUGGCCUUACAGGUUUUGACUGUCGCUGUGGAAAUCUGUUUUGCGGAAUUCACCGUUACUCCGAUAAGCACAACUGUCCAUACGACUAUAAAGCUGAAGCUGCCGCAAAGAUCCGUAAGGAGAACCCCGUUGUAGUUGCUGAAAAGAUCCAGAGAAUAUGAAAACUGGGAGUUUGACUUUGAAGCCUGGAAGUGAUCGCCUUUCAGACAAUGGACUCUAGCCCGACUUUUCCUCCCAAAGGACUUGUUUGUUUGGUUUUUUUUUUUUUUCUCUUUUGUUACACAUCAGGGUGUUUUGGGGCCCCCUGUGCAUGGAUGUUCACGUUUUCAGCUUCUUAUUUGUGUGUGAGUUAAACACUUUAACAGGAUUUUAUUGAACUAAAGAAAUGUUGGGAUUGAAGUGAGGUGGUUUUGUGUCACAGUAACCGGCUGAUGUUGGAGAAAAAUGUGAUUACCCUUUAGAGUGAAGGGGGGAGG